GUGCAGCGCUCAGUGUUCCCAGGCCAGGCCAGGGAAAUGACAUGCCAGCUUCAGCCUGUUUGUGGUUCCUGUGCCAGGGGCAGCUCAGUGUAGGGAGUGUCCUGGGGAGCCCCGGGGGGGGGGCAGGGAGUGGCUGGGGGGCUGCGGUGUAGAAGAGUGGGCCAGAUGGCUGAAGGAAGCUACCCCAACAGUCCUGGUUCCCUGCAAAGAGAAACUGGGGCUGGCCUGGAAGCCCAGAGCAGUGACAGUCACGGUGCCACCCUCGGUGCCACUGAUGGAAAUGCAGGGUGGUUGGCCACACGAUUAAAGACACCUCAUGGAACUGUCGUGAUUUUCUAACAUGGAGAGAUACUCGACUAUCAUCAGAGCCCUGUUAGCGUUGUCCAUCUCACAUGUUUAUUGUAUGCUUGCUACACAGUGCAUCACACAGUGCCAGAAGCUGGGAAUGAGUGACAAGGAUGGAUCACUUGAUGAUGACCUGUUCUGUUCAUUCCCUCUGGGGCACCUGGCAUUGGCCACUGUUGGAAGACAGGACACUGGGCUAAACGGACCCUUGGUCUGACUGAGGAUGGCUGUUCUUAUGUUCACAUGUAUUUGAAAAAGACAGGCUGAGCCACCUCAAGUUGCAUUUUCAAGCACUCAGCAGCACCCACAACUGGAGCCAAGCUGUCACAAGAGCCCAGCAGCUCCCAUUUAUCCAAAGUGCUCAGCAUCCAGCAGCUACCCUUGUGACACCUCUGGCCACAUUCUUCAGGAGACCUCGGCACCCAGUGCACUGAAGUGUUGGCAAAAACGGACCAUGUAUAUUGCUGUCUAAACAGGAGCCGAGCUCUUCUGAAAGUUCUGGCGCAUGUGACAGCACAGCAUAGUUAAGGUUGCAACUAGAUGUUUCUCUUUUAGUUUUUCUGGAGGUAAUAUUUACUGACAAGCGAACCACGGAUGUUUCAGAGAACUCCCCAGUGCUUUGGCUGCUUCAGCGAAACCACUUCAAAUGAUGCGACCCUCCCGAAUCUGCUAAAUUGCUCUACAAAUCUGGGGAGAACAGCAUUUUGCACCAUCAUUGGCGCAGGUCGCAAUCUGAAGGAGUGGCUGAGGGAGCAGUUCUGUGACCACCCCCUUGAGCACUGCGAAGACAUGAGGCUGCACAACGCUGCCUAUGUCGGGGACCUGGAGACACUCCGGAGCUUGCUGCAGGAGGAGAGCUUCCAAAGCCGAAUCAACGAGAAGUCCGUGUGGUGCUGCGGCUGGCUGCCCUGCACCCCACUGCGCAUCGCUGCCACCGCCGGCCAUGGCAACUGCGUGGAUUUCCUCCUCCAGAAAGGGGCGGAGAUUGACUUGGUGGAUGUGAAGGGGCAGACAGCCCUCUACGUUGCCGUGGUGAACGGGCACCUGGAAUGUGCCCAAAUCCUGCUGGAAGCUGGUGCAGACCCCAACGGGAGCCAUCACCAUCGCAGCACCCCUGUGUACCACACCUCCCGCGUGGGCAGGGCCGACAUCCUGAGAGAGCUGAUAAGGUAUGGCGCUGACGUGGACGUCAACCAUCACUUGCCCUCACGGCUCCCCAGCCCCUCCUCUCGCCCGCUCACUUCCUUGGUGGUCUGCCCUCUGUACAUCAGCGCUGCCUAUCACAACCUCCAGUGCUUCAAGCUGCUGCUCCAGGCUGGAGCCAACCCCGAUUUUAACUGCUGCGGCCCCGUCAACAUCCAGGGCUUCUCCAGGGGCUCCCCGGUCUGUGUGAUGGAUGCUGUCUUGAGACACGGCUGCGAGCCAGCCUUUGUCAACCUCUUGAUUGACUUUGGAGCCAACUUGAACCUGGUGAAGGCAGAAGCCCUGGCUGCUGAUUCAACUGGAAGGGUCAAAGUCAACCCAGAAGCCUUGCAGGUGUUCAAAGAAGCCAGGAGCUGCCCCAGGAGCUUAUUGUCUUUGUGCCGUGUGGCCGUGCGGAGGAUACUUGGCAAAUACCAUCUGCAUCUGAUACAUGCUCUUCCAGUCCCAGACCCUAUCAAACAAUUUUUACUUCACAAACAGCUAGAAUGCAAUCAGCUGCAUUGGGGACAGUUUGCUGUAAGAAAUGAGUGAGCUGAUGAAAACAGGUGCCAGUCGCCCCCUCCCCACAGUGCUGUUUUGAAAUAUAUCCUGUGGUUAUUUGCAUAAGGUAAUUUGUUAUGACACUACCGCUGUUACUGCUGCUUGUAACUUGUCUUGGGUUUUAGCAACACUACUAUAUGCUGAACUUGUACAUACUCAAGCGGAGGGCUUUUAUCUGCCUAUAAUAUGCAAAAGACAGUCCCUGACCUCAUCAGUAAUGGGCGUGUACAACAGUACUGUUCCAUUAUCUUCUCAUGCUUCAGCUGUCCUUACUUCGACCUUGCUCCCUUGAGGAGCUGACAAUUGCUAUUGUGCAUAUGGCAAGUUGAUGUGUUUUGACCUGCUGUAUGUCCCAUUCUGGGGUGAAUCCAUUGGGUUUCUUGUCUGGUGCCGUGUAUUUGCUGUAGAAUAUGAAAUUGCUCGGGUAUGGCUAGCUGUUGCAAGGUAGCAGCAGAGUCCCAAGCCAGGUCACUUGGCUUUUGUUAUUUAGAAAUCCUGAGAUGGGACUACUAAAAGGCUAGGAAAUAGCCAACUGGUCUGAGCAACUGCAGGUGUCCUCAAAACACUCUCAGGGUGUGAUAUGGUGUCCUGAGGUACCAAAAAUAUAUAGGUCUGGGUGGGCUACCAGAAAAAUAGGCCUCCAAUUACAUGAAUGCCUGGGAGUGGACCAGCUAGAGCAAUCUCUGCCAUGGCAUGAAGGGGAAAACCCAUAAGAGAGAAGAAAAGCAGGUGGCUUCUCAAUGGGACUGUGGAGAAGGCACAUAACACUCACCGUGGCAGUGUGGUUUAGCAGGCAGCACACUCAGCUACAAGUUGUGAAGGCAUCAGUCUCAGAUGCUCUGUCCCAGUCCUUCGUGAAUGUGGUGCGUCUCAGUCUUCUAAUGAGCCAUUAAGCUGACGUUUCUAAUGUCCAUGGGCCACCGGAAAACUCCCAUGAGCACUUCUCAAAAAGACAGUGUUCUGCUGAACAGCUCCAUACGCAGUAAUGCUGGUUGAAAUACUCAAGGAUGAACGGGAGCUUUGUUCGGUGAAUGACUUGGUAAACGUAUCUGUAGUGUCCCUACACUACUGGUAAUUAACUCCAUGCUUGUAAAUUGCUGUGGGGUUACUCCAUUCAAGAAACGCCACCAAACCAAAUACUAGUCUGCUUUCACUGCUUAGAAACAUGCCGCCCCCCACUAAAAUGUUAUCAGUGUUCCAACAGCCAGGUAGGCAGUUACUAAUGGGGAGGCGUUGGCAGUUUGCAAAGCAUGGCACACACAUAUAGACAUUACUACCACCCUUCCCUGCCCAUCCUAUGUUGGCAUCAUUGUCAGAUAGAAUGUUCCCCAAUCGUCAGAUGUUUCCUACUUUUGCUGUGGACAGAACAAUUUCUUGGGGUGUCCGUGUGACUGAGCUACUUGGUUUUAUCUUGAAUAAAGACUGAGUAACACCGCACCCAAUAAAAGAUUGCUGGGCAGCUCUGCCAAGGCACCGUUUGUUUCUAGUGUCUCCGUUAAUUAUUAUUGUUUAUGUGGCAGUAAUGAUUAACGGACUCCAAUCACAAACCGGGGCCACACUCUACUAGGCCCAAUACAAUCCGUACAAGAGACUCCCUGUCCCAAGGACACCACGUAGAGUGCUUUUCUCUCCUAUGCUUUGUAUAGGGAUGUUUUAAAAACAGAUAGGAGUAUGUGCUCUGCGGUGCUCCUAGCAGUGGAGUGUCAAGGUUUGCAAUGAGGUGGCCCCACAGCUGGAGAGAAGUUCCCCCUCCCUUUUACUCAUUUGUUUAGCUGUUGAUUUCUAUACACUGUAUUUAUGUAAAUGCUUUGGGUGAGAUGCUGUGCUGAACCUCUGAGGGUGCAGCACCAAACCUGUAGCCCAAAGGGAGGGGAAGCUAUAGUUGCUUUUGUGCCCCCCCAAUCCUGGGCCGUUGCAGGGGCUGCGGGAGGCCCCCUGUGUCAUGUAGUCAGUCCCAGGAGCCUAAAUUACAGCAGUCUCUCG